UCCGUUUUCUGGAUACCUGUAGCCAACGAUGUCAACUUCUACGCAGUCGGUUACGGCCAAUUCAACCUCCAUUCUCACCCGACGCCGAGCAGCGCUCGAGAGACAGCAGUUCACUACGCUCUCGCAAUUACCUGAUUCGAACUUGGCCACAGAGACGGUCGUAGCCGCCGUUGUUCCUCCGUCCCCAGGCCACGAUAUAUUCGCGGCAGGCGACGCUCCUCCCAAGGAACCUAACCUAGAUUCUAGAAAAACCGAAACUCGCAAUGCAGUCCCGGUAGUGAAGACGCCAUUGCCUAAUUCCAAUGGCAUCGCACAUUUGUCCCGCCGCGCCGCUACAACGAAGAGAGUUGCCAAGCCGGUGAAACCAAGAUGGCUAACAGUGCUCAGAGCAUUGACUAAACUUUCGUUGGUUCUGCUAACCCUCUUCGGAUUUUUUGAAAUUGUUCGGAGAUUGGUGAUCCAAUCGCGCACCCUAGACACUGACGGAUUCGCUUUGAUCUCGGGGGAUUUCGAGGGAAAACUUGCAGAGGUGGAAGAUUUUGUGAAGAAGACUACUAAAUUGAUGCAAGUUCAAGUAGAGGUGAUCGACAAAAAACUAGAAAACGAACUUCGAACCGCAAAAGGCGAACUUAGUAAGAAGAUGGAGGCAAGAGAAAUGGAAUUCGAGUCAAAAGUUAAGGAAUUAGAUGAAAGGAUUAUGAAUUUGGAGACAUCAGUAUCCAAAACGGAAGCAAAAGAGUAUGUGUCAAAAGAAGAGCUUGUUAAGUUCCUGGAAGAGUUCAAGGAUAUGAAAGGAAGGGAGACUAGCUAUGUGAAUUUGGAUGAGGUGCGGUCGUAUGCUAGGGAGAUCGUGGAGAAGGAGAUUGCAAAACAUGCUGCUGAUGGCUUAGGGAGGGUGGACUAUGCGUUGCAUUCUGGUGGAGCGAUGGUGGUGAAGCACUCAGAGCCCUAUAUCAUUUCAAAUGCAGGGAGAGGUGGUUGGAUUCCAUUAGCUACCCGGAGUACUGUUCAUAAGCAUGCCCAUAAGAUCCUGACACCAAGUUUUGGAGAACCUGGGCAAUGUUUCCCUCUUAGAGGGAGCAAAGGGUUUGUGCAGGUCAGGCUAAGGACAUCCAUUAUACCAGAAGCUGUGACUUUGGAGCAUGUUGCUAAGAGUGUUGCUUAUGAUAGGUCUAGUGCUCCCAAGGACUGCAGGGUCUCAGGAUGGCUCCAAGGACAGGACAUGGCCGAUGUAACUCCAUAUAGUGAGAAGAUGUGUCUGUUGACGGAAUUCACAUAUGAUCUUGAAAAGAGCAAUGCUCAAACUUACAAUGUGUUAGAGUCUGCAGCCAACUGUGUUGUUGACACAAUCAGGUUUGAUUUUUCAUCCAAUCACGGGAGCACUUCACAUACUUGCAUCUACAGAUUGAGAGUACAUGGACGAGAACCGAACUCCAUGUUACUGCUGGCAUGAGUAGGUUGGCUAUUGAGAUUCACCUCAAUGAAUUCAUCCAUUUGUUAGGUCACUCAUCUCCACAUGCUAUCUUUCUCCCAGAAAUGUAUCACUACGGUCUGUGUUGCCUCACUUCUUCAUUUAGAAGUCAGAUGUAUAUGUUAUAUGUAGUUAAUCACUUAAUCUCUUAUUUUUAGCCCAACAAGAAAAAAUUAGUAGCUCAGAAAGGUAGAAGUUUUUUUGCUAAGUUCUUAAAAUGCAAGAUGUUAACCAUGUGAUAUACAGAACAUGCACUGAAAUAUAUAUAGAUAUUGGUCUAUUGUUGAUUUUGAAAAACUUUUUUUUGGAA